AUGGCUCUAAAGGGCAGACAGAGAGCUCCCACACUUGAGCGACUAGAGUCUGUCAUGAGUCAGUUCACUGGGAGCCUGGAACAGUAUGACCUGCAAGAUGACACGGAGGAGCUGGAACUGUGCUGCCAUAGUGACCACUGUGACAGCAGACUACAAGAAUCAAGAACCAUCCCUUUUACAACAAUAUACAACUUUCUUCCAUUCAAAUCUCCGGACUGUGUCAUAUUUCUUGAGGAAGUUCCCAUAUCAGUCAGAGUGACAGAAGUGGAACGAUUCACAUGUACAAGGGUGUUGAAUCCCAACCUAUACACAAUUGAGCUGAGCCAUGGGGACUUCACAUGGAAAAUCAAACGCAGAUUCAAGCACUUCCAAGCCCUUCAUCAGGAGCUCCUGAAGUUCAAGGCUCUUCUAAAAAUUCCCCUGCCGAGGCGAAUACACUCAGUCAAAAGGAGGUCAUUUAAAGGCCAAAAGCGUUUCCAGGAAGGUCACAUCCCCACGUUGCCGCGGCGCCCGGAUGCCCUAGUCAAAGAGGAGCAGCUGAUAAGCAGAAAAAUUCAACUUGAGGACUAUCUGAAAAAUGUUCUGAAAAGACCAUUGUAUAGAAAUCAUCCUGCAACACUUGAAUUCUUGGAAGUGAGUCAAAUAUCAUUCAUUCAGGAUCUCGGACCAAAGGGAAUUGAGGGUCUGAUCUCAAAGAAAUCUGGAGGAAACACUUUCCCUGUUUGUUACUGGUGUGGCUCCAACAGUGUAUGUUACCGAUGGUCCAAAAGAUGGCUGGUGGUAAAAGAUUCUUUUGUUCUCUACAUGAGGCCUGAGGAUGGCCAAGUGGGAACAGUGAUUCUUUAUGAUAAGGGAUUCCACAUCAAAAUAGGGACCCAAGAGACCGGAGUCAGGCAUGGAGUGACCAUCGAGAAUCUUUGCAGAGCACUUACCAUUAAGUGUUCUACAUACAGGCAGUCUCGCUGGUGGGGCCACUCGAUUGAUGAGUUUGCUCAGAGAUAUGGGCAGGACUUUCUUAGGGAAAACCGUCAUGGCUCUUUUGCGCCAGUCAGAGAGAACACAACAGUACAAUGGUUUGUCAACGCAGCUGGUUACUUUAAUGCCAUAGCUGAUGCCCUGGAAGGUGCAAAAGAGGAAAUCUUCAUCACAGCCUGGUGGCUAAGUCCAGAAAUCUUCUUGAAAAGACCAGUGGUUGAUGGGAACACUUGGAGAUUGGACCAUGUCCUGAAACGGAAAGCAGAGCAAGGGGUGAAAAUCUGUGUUCUUCUUUACAAAGAGGUGGAGGUCAUCCUUGGUCUCAACAGCGAGUAUACUAAGAAGACUCUUAUGGGCCUUCACUCAAACAUCAGGGUCAUUCGACAUCCUGACCAUGUCCCAUCUACGGCAUUGCUCUGGGCUCACCAUGAGAAGUCAGUGGUUAUUGAUCAGUCACUGGCCUUCCUGGGGGGUAUUGACCUGGCCUAUGGGAGAUGGGAUGACUCCCAGCACAGACUGACUGACGUAGGCAGCGUAAGGAGAAGCCCCCAGCCCAGCCCUUCUGUCUCCCCAAGUCAGACGAGACAGUCAGCCGCUACAGCUGAAGAACAUAAUGAGCUGUCAGACCUGUCUAAGACAGAGGUUUGGAGUGAGGGAGGUAAACCCAGUCUGGUAGAGGAGAGACAGGUGAGUGAUGGAGGCUUACUCACUGUGGACGAACAAGGAAUGGCCCGGCCCAACCUCACACUCCCAACCUGGAGGUCUCCCACAUACCCACCAGAAGAGAAGAGCAGAUACGCCUCUGAAGACACAGAGUCAAAACAUGGCAGCAGCAGAAACAGCCUGGGCUCCAGGGUGUUCCCUCCCAGAGAGAGGCAAAGUACGAGCACGUCCCUGCGCUCCAGUGACUCUGGUUCUCUGGUCCUUCAUCACUCUCUUCCCCUGCCCUAUGAGACCAGCUCCCUAAGAAGUCACAUAAGCAGUAAUGAGCUUAGUGGAGAAACUCGUUUCUGGCACGGCAAAGACUACUGCAAUUUCAUCCUCAAAGACUGGGUCAAACUCAACAAGCCCUUUGAUGAUUUCAUCGAUAGGUAUAAAACACCGAGAAUGCCAUGGCACGAUAUUGGAGCUGUAGUGCAAGGGAAAGCCGCAAGAGAUGUAGCCAGACACUUCAUUCAGAGAUGGAACUUCACAAAGUUGGUGAAGAAGCGAUCAGGGGCGAUGUGUUAUCCCUGUCUGAUACCCAAGUCCAUGUCUGUGGCCAUUGAGCCACCACGACUGAGGGGAAAGCACACACAGGCCAAUGUGCAGGUGUUAAGAUCUGUUUGCCAGUGGUCGAUUGGCUCAAAGGUUCAUGAGGAGUCCAUCCACCUGGCCUAUGUAUCAGCUAUCCAGAGCAGCAAGCAUUUCAUUUACAUAGAAAACCAGUUUUUUAUCAGCUGUGCAAACAAGACUAUCCACAAUAGCAUUGGGGAUGCACUGACUGAGCGCAUCUUGCGCGCCUACAGAGAGAAGAGAAGGUUCCGGGUCUAUGUGGUGAUGCCGUUGCUGCCUGGUUUUGAGGGUGACAUCUCCUCUGGAGGAGGCCAAGCCAUCAAGGCAAUCAUGUACUUUAAUUACAGGACCAUGUGCAGGGGAGGGCGCUCCAUUAUUGAGAGACUCAAAUGUGUGAUGGCAGAUUGCUGGAUCAACUACAUCUCCUUCUGUGGUCUGCGUACUCAUGCUGAUCUGGAUGGACGGCUGGUCACUGAGCUUAUCUAUGUGCACAGCAAGCUUAUGAUUGUAGAUGACAGCACCGUCAUUAUUGGCUCAGCCAACAUCAAUGACAGGAGCAUGCUGGGAAAAAGGGACAGCGAGAUGGCCGUGGUGGUGGAGGACACAGAAUUCCAGUCCUCCGUCAUGGAUGGAGAGAGUUACCUCGCGGGCAAGUUUGCUCUUUCACUCCGAGAGGAAUGUUUCAGACUGGUUCUGGGGUUAGUGGGUGACUACACUGUGGACAUCAGUGACCCUGUCAGUGACAGGUUCUACAAGGAGAUCUGGAUGGUGACUGCAGCCAAGAAUGCCAGUGUUUAUGACAAGGUUUUCAGGUGUUUGCCCACUGAUGCAGUGCUCAACUAUAAAAUCCUUAAAGAAUACAUGUCUCGUCCCUGCAUGGCCAAUGAGGACCCCGUCCAGGCCUGUGCUGAGCUAAGGAAAGUGCGUGGUUUUCUGGUCCAGUUUCCUCUGUAUUUCCUGUCUGAGGAGAAUCUCUUCCCUUCCUUUAACUCCAAGGAGGGAAUCAUGCCAUUAGAACUGUGGACAUAA